AUGAGCUCGCCUUUAUUUGAGUAUAUCAAAUGUCACAAAAAGAAACAGGUUGAUGCUCGUUCUAGUAUAAAUUAUGAAUAUUGUUCCCUUGCUCAUGCUAUUGAUGAACUUUGUUGGCUCCAAUCUCUACUAGGUGAGCUUCACGUUAGUUUGAAUCGUCCUCCUAUUAUAUGGUGCGAUAACAUUGGUGUUGCAUUUCUCGCUGCCAAUCCCGUCUUUCAUAUCCCGUCUUUCAUGCUCGAGUGGUCAAAUACAAUUUUAACAUUUUCAUGUUCUCUAUUAUUAAUUUUAGACCUUACUUUAGCAGUUACAUUUGAUGUAACAGAAUUUGGUGCCAAGGGAAAUGGAGAUGUAGAUGAUUCUCAGGCUUUCUUACAAGCAUGGGAUAAAACAUGUGCAAGUAGCAGCAAUGCUACCAUGGUGGUUCCUGAAGGAAAUAAAUACUUGUUGGCACCUCUUCAAUUCAAUGGUCCCUGUAAAGGACCAUCUGUUCAAGUUCAGAUUGAUGGAACCCUGGUGGCACCCAAAACCAUAGGUGAAUGGACAGGUUGUGUGGGCAACACAUGGAUAGGGUUCUCAUAUGUUGACGGUCUUCGAGUUUAUGGAAACGGGACACUUGAUGGGCAAGGUUCACUAUGGUGGGAAAAUCCCGGAAAUGAGGAUCAUAAUGACGAUAUAAUUAACGAUAACAAUUUGAAUCAAAAAAAAGCAAGUAUAUGCUCACGACCAAUGGGAUUAAAGUUUUCAAGCUGCAAAAACCUUGAAUUAAGUGGUUUGACUCAUAUCAACCCUCCAAAGAGACAUAUAAACUUCCUUUCAUGCAACCAGGUUACCAUUUCUGGCCUUACAAUAACCGCACCCAAAGACAGCCCUAAUACGGAUGGAAUCAGCAUCUCUUCCUCAACUAACGUUAAUAUCACCAACUCUAUUAUUGGCACAGGGGAUGAUUGUGUUGCAAUUUGUCCCGGUAGUUCAAACAUUUUUGUUGAAGGAGUUCAAUGCGGACCUGGGCAUGGCAUAAGUGUGGGUAGCCUCGGUGGAGGCGGGUCUCAAGAUACUGUGGAAGAUGUUCAUAUACUAAAUUGCAAUUUCACUGGAACACAAAAUGGUGCAAGGAUAAAGACAUGGCAGGGUGGAAAAGGAUAUGCAAGAAAUAUUACAUUUGAACACAUCCAGUUGAAUGAUGUUAAGAACUCUAUUAUUAUUGAUCAAAACUAUUGCAAUGGAAAACACGACUGUCCCGCAAAAUCGGGCGCGGUGGAAGUGAGUAAUGUGAAAUAUAUAAAUGUGCAAGGAACGUCUGCAAUUAAGCAAGCAAUACUCCUAGAUUGCAGCAAUGAAGUUCCAUGCAAUAAUAUUGUUUUUGACAAUGUAAACAUAACUUCAAGCUCUAUGGGUGACAAUGUUUAUGCGACUUGCAAGAACGCGAACGUGUCUGUCCCUUCCGUAGUGUAUCCAGUUGUAUCAUGCAGUAUUGGUGACAUUUAA